GCUUAACGGGCGAGGCACCAGGCAGAAGUUGGCAAGUCGCUGCUGGGGAAGGGCCGGCGGCUCCAGCGCCGGGGGGCGGCGGCGGCGGCCUAUGAGGGACUCCCGGGCGCCGCAGGGACGGGCGAGCCAUGGACGGGGCUGGGGGUGUCUCCUCCUCGGCCCUGGAGAAGAACGUGGCGGAGCUGACGGUCAUGGACGUGUACGACAUCGCCUCGCUGGUGGGGCAGGAGUUCGAGCGGGUCAUUGACCAGCACGGCUGCGAGGCCAUCGCCCGCCUCAUGCCCAAGGUGGUGCGGGUGCUGGAGAUCCUGGAGGUGCUGGUGAGCCGCAAUCACAUCCACCCCGAAAUGGAGGAGCUGCGGCUGGAGCUGGAUCGGCUCCGGCUGGAGAGGAUGGACCGGAUCGAGAAGGAGAAGAAGCACCAGAAGGAAUUAGAACUGGUGGAGGAUGUAUGGAGAGGGGAAGCACAGGAUCUUCUUACCCAAAUUGCUCAGCUUCAGGAAGAGAACAAACAACUGAUGACAAACCUGUCACACAAAGACAUCAAUUUCACAGAAGAGGAAUUUCAGAAACAUGAAGGAAUGUCCGAGAGGGAGAGGCAAGUGAUGAAGAAGCUGAAGGAAGUGGUAGAUAAACAAAGGGAUGAGAUCAGAGCCAAGGACCGGGAACUGGGACUUAAAAAUGAGGAUGUGGAGGCACUGCAACAACAACAGAACAGGCUAAUGAAAAUUAAUCAUGACCUUCGGCACAGAAUCACAGUAGUUGAGGCUCAAGGGAAAGCGCUGAUUGAGCAGAAGGUGGAACUGGAAGCCUAUCUGCAAACCAAGGAACAGGAGAUGGGCACUUUAAGGGCGGAGCUUGGGAAGCUGAGAGAGAAGCAACCAGGGGAGCACAGCCAAAAUGGAGAAGAAAUAAAGACAGAACCUAACAAUGAUGACUAUCUCUCUGAAUCGGAGAAGAUGGCUAUGGAUUUAAAAGAUCCAAACCGUCCAAGAUUUACUCUACAAGAGCUACGGGAUGUCUUGCAUGAGCGGAAUGAACUGAAGUCUAGAGUGUUUUUGUUGCAGGAGGAGCUUUUAUAUUAUAAGAGUGAGGAAACAGAAGAAGAAACUAGAUCCCCUCAGCCUACACCCAUAAUUAAUUCAAAAACCUCAACUCAGCCAGAAUCUGGAAUCAAACGACUGAACAGCUGUAUGUCCGCCUCUUUAAAACACACCUUUCCCUUCGCUGUGAAUACAGUAUUAUAAGGACACCAGGCAUAGUCUCUGCCAUCUUGGAUUUGCUCAUACAAUUGGUGAGUUGCUGCAUUUGCAAAUAGCUAAGGGAAAUAGAAGUUCUGAAAUCUCUAUAUAUAAUUUUUCCUCCCUGGAGUUACAGCUUGAUUUUUAGAUUUUCUACAAAUUUAAAGGGGCACUGAUCUCCUGAAAUCACCCUGAUUUACUAGUAAGUGUGUCUCUACUCCUCUAUGGCCAAAUGUGAGGAGAGAAUAUCUGUCGUGAGCUAAAAGGAGAUACUUGUGCAGAAAAAGCACCAGCACUGGAAUUAAACAUGCUGGCUCUAUUUUGUUUGUAUGCUGUACUGCAAAGACUUUUUUUUUUUCUUUCCUUUGAGUACCACACUUUUGUUCAAUAUAGUGCCUGAAGUAGUCUUACAUCUUGUUCUGAUAUCUGAGCUCUGCAGCUAACUGAGUGGGCCAUGGCGUGUAAAACUAGAAGUCUGAGCUAUGAUGAAUAAUAUAACAAUGUUUGGUUUGUUUUGUUUGAAUCCAAGAAUAGCAGCUACAGCAGCUGUGUUAGGAAGGCUUCCAAGCUGCAUUAGGUCACAAGUGAAAUGACUCUGGUGAUCUCAACUUUAUCCUUAACUGACAUUAGUUCAUAGCACAAAAAUAAAUUGGCCACAAUUGACAGUAUCUGCAGAGGAGAAUCCUUAGAACAGCUGAGGGUGUUGCAGGUAUGGAUGAAGAUGCUUUGUGUGGACCAGUCAUACUAGCCAAAGUGCUCUCAUGUUCAGGUUUUUUGAGCACCAGAGCGUACCUCCAAGUUGCACGAAUUGUAUGAUACACAGUAAAAGGGCUGAACACUUACAAAGAAACUAUGUCACAGCAAGUCAGCUAAAAGAAUGUUUCUUGUAGCAUAGUUGCAACGCUUUGAAACCAGUAUUCGAGCUGCCUGUGGUUAGCAUUUCUGCAGGUGUAUUGAUGCAGAACCUCUCAGAAGAGAGACAUGGGCCCUUUUUAACCAAGUAGAAUGCAAUGGGGUUUGUUUUGUUUUUUUUAACUUGACAGUAUCAGUUUUGUCACUUGCAAUACCCUUAAAACUGUAAAAUGGAUCAUUUCUAACCCUAUUUCCUAUGCAGAUAUUCAUGGGAAAGCAGUAGCUAUUGGUAGAACACUGUUUGUAUUUCUUAACAUCCACCUUCAUCCUUCACUUCACCAUUAUGUAUGUGCCUGUUUCUUUUACAAACCUGUAACUGGAAAAACAAUGUAUUCUCAUGCUCUGCAUCGCUAGAGAUUAUAAUCCCUUGGUGAAGUUACACCAAGGCUGUGUGCUGCAUCACUGUAGAAAUUUGACCUCUCCGUUAUCAAUAUUUUUAAGAUGGCAUAACAACCAGAUUUUAAUUACUAAUUUCUCUAACCCAGAAGUGCCAGUGAGCAGCUGUCUUGGGUGAUGCAGAUUUUUCUCUCUAACUAAUCCCAUGUGUGAUAAUUCAAAGUAACCCUAUGUAUCUUUUAUGGAAUGUCUUAUUUAUUACUCCAGUCUUAUCUCUGUGCCUGUACUUUUCUGACCAGGAUCUUUACAGCCAUAAUGCCCAUGGUAGCAGCUGGAUUGAUUCCAGAUGAUCCCACAU